UCCCAUAACUACCUUGGGUCCAGUCUUAGUUUUCUUUUGUUGUCCUCCUUUGCAUGUGUAAAGUUUCUCUGUUCUUAUCGAUAUGUUCUUGUUAAUUCUAUUAGUAAUAUUUUCUUUUUUAUUUUUAAUCAAAGAUUUUAUUUAAUCACAAGUACAAUCAGCAAGUUCCGCAAGUCUAAUCUUCUGUAAAAUUGAAUUACAUUUGACUUAUCAAACGUUAUCUUUGCUAUAUCACUUAAGAAAGUUUUCAAUUAAUAAUAAGAUAUUAUGUAACCACAAAUAUAUCUUAUGAUUUUUUUUUAAAAAAGUGACUAGAUAAUCUAAAAAGUAAUUUCAAUUAAUACGAGAGUAAUUUUAAUUCUAAAAAGUAGUUAAUCAAAUAUAUAAAUUUAUAAUUAUUUUGGACUUUAUGUACGUUACCGCAGCAAAUCUUCUCCUAUUACUAAAAUUAGGCCUGUUACUAAAACCCAGUGGGACUUUGAAAUUACAAUGGGCCUGAUGGAAGAGAGAUCACUAGGGUUUUCAGCCGUACAUCUAUCUCCUAUUACUUGCUGCAAAAGUCUCAUAUUUACAUAUAUAAGAGAUCGCGGCCACUAACAUCUAUUAGGUUUUCAUCUUUAAAUAAAUUGCAUAUUUGUUUCUUGCUAAAAGGCCCUCCUUGCUGUUAAUCUUCAAACAUGGGAAAGACAAGGGGUAUGGGAUCUGCGCGUGUCCAAAAAACGCGUCGAAAGACACAGAGGUGGUCAGACAAGAGCUACAAAAAGUCUCACCUAGGAAAUGAAUGGAAGAAGCCUUUUGCUGGUUCUUCUCAUGCAAAAGGAAUCGUCCUUGAGUUAAUAGGAGUCGAGGCUAAGCAGCCUAACUCUGCCAUCCGAAAGUGUGCUAGAAUACAGCUUAUCAAGAACGGAAAGAAGGUUGUCGCUUUUGUCCCCAACGAUGGUUGUUUGAACCUCCUUGAACCAAAUGACGAGGUUUUGAUCUCUGGAUUUGGUCGCAAGGGUCAUGCCGUGGGAGAUAUUCCUGGAGUUCGGUACAAGGUCGUCAAGGUUUCUGGUGUUUCACUCUCGGCUCUCUACAAGGGAAAGAAGGAGAAGCCAAGGUCUUAAACAAAGCUUAUUCAAGGUUUUGAUGUCAUAAGCACAUUUCGUUAGUUCAGUUAAAAGAACUCUUGUGUUUUUAAAACUUUAUUAUGAGUUUUUGAGUUUACCUUAUAAUAUGUUCAUUGGUUUUUCUUGAAUCAGUUUUGCCUUCUUAAUUAAACAUCCAAAUAGUAUCCACUUUGAAUCCUUAAGGACCUUGAAUCAUAUUCAUUAUAUAUCUUUUGUAAUCACAAAACUGAUUAAAAUACAAUUUAAUUGACAUCUGAACGAAAUGGUGUAAAGAAGAACAAUGAGUAAAAAAAUUCUAUAUAAAUGGUGUAAAAUUUUAAAAUGAAAUUUACUUGUAUAAAACUAAAAUAUUUAUAGUAUUUAUAUAAAACAAUUAUUUGUUUCUGUCACUUGCUAAUUUUAUAUAUGAGUAUGUGUGGUAUUAUUUUAAAAUUGCCAACAUACCAAUUCCCAUGCUCGUUGAUAUAUCUUAAUUAUAUACACCAUUUCGUUAUACGUUCAUUUUCUGUAUACCCAUGCAUGGUAAGACCGUAUAUAUACGUAAUAAUUAAACUACUCUAGUGACAUAGGCUGACCCAAGAUGCAGCUAUAUGGUAUUUACGUAUUUUACAUAUACUUCUAUUUAUCCUGCAUAAUGAUAAUAUACGGGUUAAUUUGCAUCAUCAUUCAUGUAUUUAUGUAUCCACUAUAGACAGAUAAACAUGAUCUAUGUUUUCAUUAACUUGUUAACGAAAAACCUUUAGAAUAAACUUUGUUUUAGCAAACAUUGCUCUCAAUAUUAAUUUGUUGGAUAAACUUUUCAGCAGAUAACGAAGUAUUCUUGGUGCUUUUUUGGGUGCCCGAAACUUCAGAAUCUUUGACAUAUAAAUACAUUUCCAUGAAAGUGAAAAUAACUCCAGGGCCUCAUGCAGUGUCGCUUGCUACUGAGUAGCAGUUGAAUUUUUUUUCUGUUUUAUCAGUUCUCUGUUUUCAAUCGGGCUCUCACUAUGUUUUUAACAUUUUUGCCAUCGUGAUUGCCUGUCAGCCUUAACACUUUGUAACACACAACCUGCCCAUUCAAGUAAUGCAAUUCAUAUUCUUAGCAAAAAAAAAAAGUGAAAAUAACCGUUGAUGUGAAUAUUGUGAGUCUUCAAAACCAGACUUGCGUUCUUCUGGCCAUAUGGUCUAUAAAGAGUUUUAAAGUUUUGUCUUCCUGUAUCAUAGGCUCAAGAUUAAUUCCUUCUUUAAAAUGUUGCAAAAUGCUAUAAAAUGAAUAAAUAAAACGUAUCCCAUGCGCUGCUCAUAGAAGAUCUACUGGCAUUGAUGGCAUCAUAUCUAAAUACAUCCCCUCGUCAACACACUUGUAACUAAUAACCAAAACAAUCACAUUUUAAAGAGUGGAAUUAUAUGACUUUCUACUAUAUAUCAACAGUAUCUUGGUAUAGAUACCAUCAAAGAUCAAUAGACCAGUCAAUAUUGAGCAUAUCAAGAUUUGAUCAACCCCGAAAAUAUAUAUAGUAGAUUAAAUAGAUAUAGAACAAGAAUCAUUAUGCAUAUGUGCCUCUUUGAGACAAUACGUGGUCGAAGGAAUCAAACCAUGAACAAAGAAAAUGGAGUAUAUCUCAUAAUUUGGCGUGAGAAUUUUUUUAUUGAUUAACAGUACUUAUACAUAUAUAAAACAAUUGCUCAAAAACCCUAAUCAAGUAUUAUGUCUCAUUAGAAAACUCUUCACACUCAAGAGUGUAGAGAAAAAGUUUCACAAGAAAAAUACUAGGCCACAAACUCUAAAAAAAAAAAAGCAAAACCAAAGCCUGGGUGCAAAAACCACAUACUAAAAUACACAAUCACGUUCGUACGUACUAUUACAUUAAUCAAAAGAUGACUGAAAG